GACGGACCCGUUACCAAAGACACAAAGAACUUAAUUGUCGACUACUCAUUGGAUGAACUGCGAAAUCUCUUCGGUUAUGAGGCUAGUCCCAGCUCAAGCCCGACCAAAGGUGGUCGAUUUAUCCAUCCGGCCGCCUUGAAAUCGGACGAUCCGGAACCCGAUGAGUAUGGACCGGAUGGUCAACCGCUACCAGAAUUGAGUGAGGCUUUCCGCCAAACAUCGACUAAACUGGGAUUUAAUGUUGAAAUGAAAUAUCCUCGAGAGACACUAUUGGGCUGUAUUACACGUGCGGUGAACAAUGGCGAACCGAUCACUGCCCAUUUACCGGGGCCGCAUACCUAUUUUGCUCAAGUUAACAAAUUUUGUGACAAAGUGUUGGAUGUCGUUUGGAAAAAUGCCGGUCCACGUCCGGUGAUCUUGUCGUCUUUCAACGCGGACCUAUGUGCUGUUCUUCGCCUUAAACAGUCUCACCUGCCAGUAUUGUUCAUCACGCGGGGCGGUAUCACAUCAGCUACAGAACCACCCAGUAUGUUGCACGUGGAUCUGCGUCAUUCCAAUCUCUCCGUCGCACUGUCCUGGGCACAUCUAAUGAAUUUAUCCGGAGUUGUUACCUUGGGUCAGCAUUUUGGAUCUGCAAAACAACUCUACGACACGAAUCAGGAUCAAAUUAAUAGCCUACUGUCGGAUAUGCAAGAAAAGAAAUUGGCAUGUCUCGUUUACGGUGAUGGUGUGUCCGAAGUGUCUUUCUUACACGAUGCUGCCAACUACGGUUUGACUGGCAUCAUAAUCGAUCGUGUUGAUUCGUACAUGCGGGAGUAUACUGAUUCUCUUCCAGGCUCUCCCGUUUAG